CCUUACCCAUAAUUGCAUUCAUCAUCUCUCUCCUUGUCUUCCCUUUUCUCUCUCUCACCCGUUGUAAAUCAUCGUUGCAAAUCAUUGACGCCUGAUUCACCACAAACCAAUACCUCUCCUCCUCUCCCACUAACCUAAGAUACCCGUCAAAGGAAGAAAGAGAGGAGGUCAUUUAUUUUUUUGAUAAUUCAGGUGUUUAGGAGUCAGGAGGAGGUAAUUAAUUAACCAUGGGUGGCGCGGCGACCGAUGACCAAUCAAAACAAGCUCCCAAUCCAUACCCUCCACCUCCAAUCUACUCCAAUUCGUAUCCAACUCACCCUCCGCCACCCUACCAACCUUACCCUCCCCCAUACGCCUUCGCCGCGCCACCACCCGCCGCCUACUACUCCAACCCCCACAACUACCCUCCCGUCGUCUAUCAAGAACCCUCCACCGGACACCUCACCUUCGCCAAAUUCCUCCUAACCACCAUGACCUUCCUCCUAGUCGGCGCGUGCGCCAUGUCCUUCCUCACGUGGCUCAUAUUCGGCUCCCUAACCCCGGAAUUCUCCGUCAAAUCCCUAUCCGUCCCGUCAUUCAACGUUUCGGACAGCUCGUUAACAGCUGCAUGGGACGUCAACAUCACCGUCAAAAACUCUAACGAAAAGCUCGACGUGUUCUUCGAGCGGCUGGAGGGGGUGAUCGUGUACGAGGACACGGUCUUGGGGCUGGCAGACACGGACCCUUUCCACUUGUCGCCCAAGGGAGAGGUGGUUUUCGAGAUGAAGGCGUCGACCAACGAACUGCAGCAAGAGAGCUUUGCCGAAAGCUACCGCGGGUUGGUGGAGGACAGGCGGAGAGGGAGGGUGAGCUUCGGGGUGCGGAUGGCGGCGGAUGCUACGCUGAGGUCGGGGACGCUGUGGCGGCGGCAGCUGAGGUUGCGGGUGUUUUGUGAGGAUUUGGAAGUGAAAUUUGACGGUCCGAUGGGUCCUGGAAAAUUGGAGGAUGGGACGCCAAAAGAGUGUCUCAUAUACGUGUGAAUGAAGAAACAUGCAAAAAAAAAUUUUGCUGGAUCAGGUCUUUUUAUUUUUGGUGUGUAGGUGAGGUGAUCAUAUUCUUUAUUUCUUUUGCUUUCAUUUUUAGGAGCUGGAUUCUUUCGAGGACAUAAUUGACCAGAGGGCCAAUUCAAGCAAUAUUCGGGUUCAUAUAGGUCGCAUUGAUUUUCAAGACCAUUCAUUUUUCAAAAUUCGUCGGACAUUAAUCUAUCACAUUGAUCCGGUAUUGUCACAUUGUUUUGCAAUCUUUUUGUUUUCAUUAUAAUCCCAAGUUAAUAUGUGUUCCAAAGUUGUAUGUAAUGAUAUUCGAUCAAUAAGGUAGUUUUUGACGUAAUUUAUGUGAGUUCUAAAAAAUGAACGAUCGUGAUUAUUGAGAUAGGUUGGACAAAUUAAAGCCCCCAAAGAUGCUGAGUUGAACCCUCCAAUCCCUUUUAUGGACUCAAGAGAAUCCAGGUCUUUUGUAUAUACACAUGUUUUGUUGUAUAGAUAUUGAUGUUGCCUGAAAAAUAGUAUUGUCAAUUCGGUUG